CGACGACAUGUCUGGUCUACUCGGCAGAGCCUCCGGCUUGCUAUCGCGCCAGCUCCCCAGGACGUCGCUGCACCGCGUGCCGCAGCCCCACAGUGCGCUGCGACUCCUCUGCUCUUCUGGCAGCAGCUCGAGCGACGGCGACGGCGACGGCAAGGACGGCGAUGUUACCGCAAAGCGUGGCGAGUUGACUAGCGCCGAUGAGCCGGUGGAGGCGACUGUGGUGGUGACGUCGGAAGCAGAGUCGUCCGAGUCUUCGCUCAUGUCCAUCGACCCGAGCAACAUCUCCGCGCUGCCUCCCGUGCUCGUCUUCCCCUUCCCCACGCGGCCGCUCUUUCCCGGCGUCUACCAGCCGGCAGAGGUGACCAACGACGCGCUCGCAAAGGCGCUGCUGACGGUCAAGGCGAGCCAGCUGCCGUACAUUGGCGUCUUCCUGCCCAAGGAGGGGCACGAGGAAGUCAGCGGCGGCGUCGGCGACCUGGACGCCUCCGACGACGGCGCAGAAGUCGCCGAGGUGAUCGCCGGAGGGACCGGCGACGGCGGCGGCGGCGGCAGCGGCGUCGGUGGCGGCAGCGAAGAGACUGCGGUCAGCGGCGCCGCCGACGGCGCCCUCGCUCCUCCGGCGCCGCUGCUGGACGUGGCGUCGCUGCACGAGGUUGGUACGCUCGCUCAGGUGACGCGCCUCACGCAGACGCCUCGAGGCGUGCAGCUGCUGCUGCUCGGUCACAAGCGAGUGCGGCUGGGCAGGCCGGUGCAAACCUCGCCGGUGAUCCUCGCGCGGGUGGAAGAGGCGGCGGACGAGCUGGACGACGCCGCGGGCGGGGGCCCGUCGCUCUCCAAGGCGUACGCGAUGGAGGUCAUGCAGACCAUCAAGGAGAUCCUCAAGCUCAACCCCUUCUUCAAGGAGCAGAUGCAGAUGAUCCUCGAGCGGCGCGCCUCCGCCUCUUCCCUCUCCCUGCUCCUCACCCUCACCACCCUCAACACCCCCCCCCUCCCCCUCCCCCCCCCCUCCCAUCCCCCCCCUCCCCCUGCGGCGGAGCUGCGGAGCGGGCCUCCCUCACCCUCCCUCCCCCGCAAGCUGGCCGACUUUGGCGCCGCGCUGACCACGGCGGACGCGCAGGAGCUGCAGGAGGUCCUCGCGACGCUCAACGUGACGGCGAGGAUCGAGAAGACCCUUCUUCUCCUGAAGAAGGAGCUCGAGCUCUCCCGGCUGCAGUCGCAGAUCUCGAAGCAGGUCGAAGACAAGAUCUCUGCGAACCAGCGGCGGUACAUGCUGAUGGAGCAGCUCAAGCAGAUCAAGAAGGAGCUCGGCCUCGAGCGGGACGACAAGGACGCCCUCCUCCAGAAGUUCGCCGACCGGAUCAAGGAGCUCAACGUGCCCGAGGAGGCGAGCAAGGUCAUCGACGAGGAGAUGGCGAAGAUCGGCACGCUCGAGUCGGCGUCCUCCGAGUUCAACGUGACGCGAAACUACCUCGACUGGCUCACCUCCCUCCCGCUCACCUCCCUCCCGUGGGGCAUCCACUCGGAGGAGAACUUUGAGCUCUCCCGCGCCGAGAAGAUCCUCGCGGAGGCGCCCGCCCGCCCGCCCCAGCCAGCCGGCACGACACGUCCACCACACGAGCACUACGGUCUCGAGGAUGUCAAGGAGCGCAUCCUCGAGUUCAUCGCGGUCGGCGCCCUCGUCGGAUCGACUCAAGGAAAGAUCAUCUGCUUCGUCGGCCCGCCCGGCGUCGGCAAGACGUCGAUCGGCAAGUCCAUCGCGCGCGCACUCGGCCGCGAGUUCUACCGCUUCUCCGUGGGCGGCCUGACCGACGUCGCCGAGAUCAAGGGCCACCGGCGGACGUACGUGGGUGCGAUGCCGGGCAAGCUGAUCCAGUGCCUCAAGGCGACGGGCGCCGCGAACCCGGUGGUGCUCAUUGACGAAAUCGACAAGCUGGGCCGCGGCUACCAGGGCGACCCCGCGUCGGCGCUGCUCGAGGUGCUCGACCCGUCGCAGAACGCGUCCUUCAUGGACCACUACCUCGACACGCCCGUCGACCUCUCCAAGAUCCUCUUCCUCUGCACCGCCAACGACUCCGGCACGAUCCCCGGCCCGCUGCUCGACCGGAUGGAGGUGGUGCGCCUCUCGGGGUACAUCCUCGACGAGAAGAUGCAGAUUGCGAACCAGUACCUCAUCCCCGCCGCGAAAAAGCAGAUGGGCCUCGAGGAGGGCACGAUGCAGCUGCCCGACGACGCGAUCGCCUCGCUCAUCCGCUGGUACUGCCGCGAGGCCGGCGUGCGCAACCUGCAGAAGCACGUCGAGCGCAUCUGCCGCAAGGUCGCUCUCAAGGUGGUGCAGGCCUCGCAGGCGGCCGAGGCGCAAGCCGCGGAGGCGGCCGAGGAGGCGGGCGCGACGGGGAGCGCCGCGCCCGAGGGGGCGGCAGAGGGGGCGGCAGAGGGGGAGGCACCGGCGGCGGCCGAUCCGCCCGUGUACGUCAUCGGGCCGGAAGAGCUCGUCGACUAUGUCGGCAAGCCGAAGUUCAUCGACGAGCGCAUCUACGCCACCAACCCGGUCGGCGUCGCUCGCGUGGACCUCGAUGGGCGGGGCGGUGCUGAGUCGUCGCUCAUUGCGCACACGUACGCGCGCAACUUUGUCGCCGCGCGCGAGCCGUCGAACCGGCUGCUGGAGCGAACUCCCAUCGCGCUGCACGUGCCAGAGGGGGCGACGCCAAAGGAUGGGCCGUCCGCCGGAGUGACGAUGGUGACAGCGCUCGUCUCGAUGGCGAGGGACGCAGCGCCUCGCACCGACGUUGCGAUGACUGGGGAGGUGACUUUGACGGGCCGCGUGCUGCCGGUCGGGGGCAUCAAAGAAAAGGUGAUUGCCGCGCGCCGCUCCGGAGUGAGCCACAUCGUGAUGCCAAAGGCCAACGAGCGCGAUUUCGUCGAGCUGCCAGGCAACCUGCAAGCCGGGAUCACGGCGCACUUUGCCACCACCUACGACGACGUCUACGCGGUUGCUUUUGCGGACGACUUGCCCGCCCCGUCGCCAGCGGCGGCAGGGGCAUGAGGGUGGUCUUGGUUCGCGGCUCGCUCGUCUCCGCUCCCGGCGCGCGCGCCCGGGUGUGGAUUCGCUCGACACGGCAUGAUCCACACAUUAUGUAUGUAUUAAUGUAUGAGAUACAUUAUGAGGAUAUUAUGCGUGUCGAGUCGUCUGUCGAGAAUUUUGUAAUUUUAGAUACUUUUUAGUCUU